UCUUCCUCGCGUCUCUUUCCAUUUUACUCCGACACCUCUCUGUCUCCGACAAACCACCUGUAAUUGAUUCCGGAGAUUGUUCUUUGUUUCUCCCCUUGCGUAUUUGUUUUUUUCAGAGAGGAAGAUGAGCCCUCAAUUUAGGAGAGAUAGGUCUCGCUUCAAUCCUCAGCAAACAUGGGUUUCUAGAGGUUCAUCUACCUCCAUAUCAGUAGUAAAUGAGCCUACAGAGAGAAGUUCUGAAAGCCUUCACGCUGGUUCUACUGCUUCACGUCCUGUUUAUCUGCAAAGUCACCAUAACGGUUCUGGUCACUCUCCCUAUAACCAGCACCAAAGGAGUAAUGUUACUGCUCCACCUCCACCUAAUAAUGCUCCAGGAACUCGGCCUGAUAAUCGCCAAAGAGUUGCAUCUAAUACUCGGCCUGUGAACGAGUCGAAAAGGGUAGUUAAGGAGGAGAAGAUUGUGGUGACAGACCCAAACUUGCCUCAGCUCGUUCAAGAGAUACAAGAGAAGCUGGUGAAGAGUUCUAUCGAGUGUAUGAUUUGUUACGACAAGGUUAUUCGGUCUGCGAAUAUAUGGUCUUGCUCCAGCUGUUACUCCAUCUUCCAUAUGCAUUGUAUCAAGAGAUGGGCUCGAGCACCAACUUCCAUUGAUUUGUCGGCUGAGAAAAACCAAGGCGAUAACUGGAGAUGUCCAGGUUGCCAAUCUGUACAGUUGACGUCAUCGAGAGAGAUAAGCUACCGUUGCUUUUGCGGAAAGAGGAAAGAUCCACCCUCUGAUCCGUAUCUGACUCCACACUCAUGCGGGGAGCCAUGUGGGAAGCCUCUGGAGAAAGAUUUUGCUGCUAAAGAGGAUCUGUGUCCUCAUGUAUGUGUCUUGCAGUGUCACCCCGGUCCGUGUCCUCCUUGUAAGGCGUUUGCUCCACCUCGUAGCUGUCCUUGCGGUAAAAAGAUGUUCCAUACUAGAUGCUCUGAGAGGAGAUCGCUUCUUGUAUGUAGCCAGCGGUGCGAGAAGCUUCUCAGCUGUGGGCGUCAUCGAUGUGAAAGGUCAUGUCACGUUGGCAAUUGCGAGCCUUGUCAGGUACUGGUAACUGCCACGUGUUUCUGCAAGAAGAAAGUGGAGAGUUUCGUUUGCGGAGAUGUGAAUGUGAAGGGAGAGUUGAAAGUAGAAGACGGUGUGUAUACGUGUAAUCUUAAAUGUGGGAAGCGGCUUGGAUGUGGGAAUCAUUUAUGUUCCGAGGUUUGCCACGCUGGACCUUGCGGAGACUGUGACUUACUACCGAGUAGAGUGAAGACUUGUUACUGUGGGAGAACACAGUUAGAAGAACAGAUCAGAGGGAGUUGCUUGGACCCAGUUCCUUCUUGUUCAAACGUAUGCCUUAAGCUUCUUCCUUGUGGGUUACAUACUUGCGCCGAGGUGUGUCAUUCAGGUGAUUGCCCUCCUUGUUUGGUCCAAGUCAACCAGAAAUGCAGAUGUGAGUCAACAUCCAGGACUGUGGAAUGCUACAUAACAACAUCUUCAGAGUUUGUGUGCGUUAAGCCAUGUGGGCGUAAGAAGAACUGUGGGAGGCAUAGAUGUAGCAAGCGUUGCCAUUUAUCUAGCGAUUUGGACACACACUUAUGCCAGUUACCUUGUGGUAAGAACCUAAGGUGCUUGCAGCAUUCAUGUGAAUCGUUAUGUCACAGUGGCCACUGCCCUCCUUGCUUCGAGGUGAUAUUCACUGAUCUUACAUGCGCUUGUGGAAGAGCUUCGAUCCCUCCACCGCUACCGUGCGGGACGCCUGUCCCUACCUGCCAGCUUCCGUGCUCGGUUCCUCAGCCGUGUGGCCAUUCCGCUACUCAUGGAUGCCAUUUCGGAGAUUGCCCUCCUUGUUCCGCCCCGGUGGAGAAGAAAUGCGUUGGUGGUCAUGUGGUUCUGAGGAACAUACCUUGUGGGUUGAGAGACAUUAAAUGUAACAAGGUUUGUGGGAAGACGAGGCGUUGUGGUAUGCAUGCUUGUGCGAGAGCUUGUCACCUGGAGCCUUGCGACACUUACAGUGAAUCUGAAGCGGGUCUGCGUGUUGUUACAUGUGGACAGACUUGUGGUGCUCCUAGAAGAGAUUGUAAGCACACUUGUGCAUCGCUCUGCCAUCCUUCUCAGCCUUGCCCUGACUCAAGAUGUGAGUUUCCAGUCACUAUUACAUGCUCCUGUGGUCGCAUAACCGCUACAGUCCCUUGUGAUGCUGGCAGCAAUCUUCGUGUUGAGUCUCUCUAUGAAGCCUCGGUUUUGCAGAAGCUUCCAACGACGCUUCAGCGUGUUGAGUCUAGUGGAAACCGAAUCCCUCUCGGUCAGAGAAAGCUUUCUUGUGAUGACGAGUGUGUUAAGCUGGAGUGUAAGCGGGUUGAUAUCACUCCCCUUAAUCUAGACUAUGUACAUUUCAGCGAGAACUCUGCAAUGACAGAGAUUAUUUCAGACAUCUAUAGGCGUGAUCCGAAGUGGGUACAAGCUGUUGAAGAGCGCUUCAAGCUCCUUGUACUUGGGAAAGCCAGAGGAAGCGUUUCAAGUGCCAUCAAGGUCCACGUCUUCUGCCCUAUGCAAAAGGAUAAACGAGACACGGUUCGGCUUCUAGCUGAGAGGUGGAAACUCGCGGUUAAGAACGCAGGGUGGGAGCCAAAACGGUUUACAGUGGUUCACGUGACGCAAAAGUCAAAGCCACCAACACGGAUCAUUGGAGCUAGAGGUAGUGAGGGCGGGCCCCACCCGCCGUGUUUUGACCCGGUGGUGGAUAUGGAUCCUAGGCUUGUGGUUUCUCUACUGGAUCUCCCGAGGGAGGUGAAUGUUAACGCUUUGGUACUGAGAUUUGGGGGUGAAUGUGUGCUUGUUUGGCUGAAUGACAAGAACGCUUUGGUCAUCUUCCACGAUCAUGCUCGAGCCGUCACUGCCAUGAGGAGGCUGGACCACGGUUCUGUAUACCAUGGAGCUGUGGUUGUCCAGAACGGCUCACAAUCUCCAUCACUAGGUAAUGCAAUGGGGAGCUCAUCCUGCGAUGCUCAGAAAGCAAAUCCAUGGAAGAAAGCAGUGAUUCAAGAGAGUGAUGAUGAAACCUGGGGAGCUGAAGAUUCCUCUAAUAGAGGAUCAUCUACAGAUAUUCAAGCCUCCACGUGGAGAUCAGCAACUAGCAACACUCCAACUCUUAACUCCGUUAACCGUUGGAGUGUACUGGAGCCGGAGAAGCCAUUGGUUAAGACAGAAGGGAGCAGUAGUUCAAAAUCUGCCAGUAAACCAGUGGAAAGCUCCAGCGAAGAAUUGGUGGAUGAUUAGGAGAAGAAAGGUAUGUGCACACACUGAUGAUCCUUCUGUUUCUUUGCUAUGUAUAGAAAACGGCAGGUUGUUCAGACGUAUAUAAUUUAGACUGCAUGCGUUUACAACUGCUGUGAUAAGCUUAGGUCCAUGACCCAUGUCAAAGCCUAGAUGAUAGAAAAUGUUAGGUUGGUUAUAAGUUAUAAAACUAUUUAAUUGUGAAACGGCAUGUCUUCUUUUUUUUUGUUAUUGAAACAUCAGUGUGUGCAUACAAAGACACAAUAUGUAAAUUGUUUUUUUCAGCUC